UGAGCUCUCAACAUGCAAACCAUCAAGAACAAGUACCCGAUUCCACGAAUCGAUAAUCUGCUCGACCAGCUUCGGGGAGCCACGGUAUUUUCAAAAUUAGACCUGCGGUCCGGAUACUGGCAGAUAAGGAUGGUGGAGGAUUUUGUUCACAAAACAGCUUUCCGAACUCGCUAUGGAUCGUACGAGUAUCUAGUGAUGCCGUUCGGACUCACCAACGCACCAAGCCCACUCUUGGACGAAUGCGUGGUGGUGUACCUAGACGACAUCCUCGUCUACUCGCACGAUAUGCAACAGCACGUCGAACACUUACGAUGCGUCUUCCAGAUUCUUCGACGGGAAUUGUACAUCAAACUAUCCGAGAGCGACUUCGCCCUCGAGAAAGUCCAAUUCCUCGGACAUAUCGUAAGCACUCAAGGAGUUCACGUCGACCCCAAGAAAAUCGAAGCCGUGCGUACGUGGAAGACACCCGAGAACGUGAAGGAGUUACAGCAGUUCCUUGGCUUUGCUAACUACUACAACAGGUUCGUGCCGCAAUACGUGAAAAUUGCCGCGCCACUCACGAAUCUGCUGAAGAAGAACACGCCCUAUAAAUGGGAGCCAAAACACCAGGAAGCCAUGGAGCAGCUGAAACAAGCACUCACGUCCGCACCAGUACUCGUCUUGCCAGACCCCGAACGCGACUACGUCAUCGAAGCUGACGCCAGCGACCAGGCAGUGGGAGCAGUCUUGAUGCAAGACCAGGGGAAUGGACUGCAACCAAUCACCUAUCUCAGCAAGAAACUACACGGGGCAGAACUCAACUACCCGAUACACGACAAGGAGGCCCUUGCUAUCAUCAUUGCCUUCAAAACGUGGAGAUGCUAUCUCGAAGGACGCAAGACGACAGUCUACACCGACCAUUGCAGCCUAAAAUAUUUGAAGACGCAACCAAGCCUCUCUAGACGACAGGUUCGGUGGAUCAACUUCCUCGAGACGCACUUCCACUACGACAUCGUGUACAAGCCUAGCCAUAAAAACAAAGCCGAUGCGCUGAGCCAGCCUGCACAUGUUGCCGCUAUCCAAGUUGAAGGGGCGAAUCCACUCCUCAAGGGACUCUUCACACACGGGUACACCAUCGACCCCGAAAUUCCCUUGACAGAAAAGCGACAUCUGCUACAAUGACGUACAGAAAUUCGUCACCUCGUGC